GGACCUCUGUGGACUCGUGCGGGGCUUCCAGGGCGCGAUUGCGUUACCAUCCUUUUGCAGCCGCAAAAGCAAAUAAUUAACUAAACCUAACAGAAAUAAAACAAACUCAGGCUCACCUAAAAAAAAAAAGUUAGGAUACCUUUUUUUUUUUUUUUCCUCUCUCUCCCUUUUCUUUUACAAUUUUAUUCCCCAUGUGGAAGUCGCUCAUGAAUCGUGCUCGGCACACUGCAUGGGAAGAAGCGGCUUGUGUUUUGGAUCGAGGAUUUGCUGUUGCAAAGCGGUCUAACUUCCAUGCAGUGGGGCAGCCUUCACUGCUGUAACCGCCUUGAUGCUGUGCUGAGGAGCCCCUGUAGAUUGACAUCUUGUGCAGAGAAGGCACUGAAGCUACUCUUGGAGUUCUACACAAAUACUUAUUAGUCAUUCUGGAGAUGGACUUGCUGUCUGGAACCUACCUCUUGGCAGUCUUGUUAGCCUGUAUUGUAUUUCAAUCUGGCGCACAGGAGAAGAAUUACACAGUGCGGGAAGAACUGCCUGAAAAUGUCCUCAUUGGCAAUUUGCUCAAGGAUCUUAACCUAACGCUGGACCCAGAUGUGCCCCUUUCCUCACCACUGCAGUUCAAGCUUGUGUAUAAGACUGGGGAUGUACCUUUAGUACGGGUGGAAGAGAACACUGGCGAGAUAUUCACAACUGCAAACCGCAUAGACCGUGAGAAGCUGUGCUCUGGCAUCUCUAGUGAGAAUCGCUGCUUUUAUGAGGUGGAGGUUGCUGUUUUGCCUGAUGAAGUAUUCAGACUGGUCAAGAUCAGAUUCCUAAUAGAGGAUAUAAAUGACAAUGCCCCCCUCUUCCCCUCAACAGUUAUUAACAUCUCCAUCCCUGAAAACACAGCAAUUAAUUCUCGCUAUUCUGUCCCAUCUGCUGUUGAUCCGGACAUUGGUGUGAAUGGUAUUCAACAUUAUGAACUCCUUAAGGGCCAAAAUGUAUUUGGUCUUGAUAUAAUUGAGACACCUGAGGGAGAUAAGUGGCCUCAACUGAUUGUCCAACAGAUCCUGGACAGGGAGCAGAAGGAUACCUAUGUGAUGAAAAUUAAAGUUGAAGAUGGUGGAAACCCUCCAAGAUCUAGCACUGCCAUCCUUCAAGUCACAGUGACUGAUGUGAAUGAUAAUCGCCCAGUCUUCAAGGAGAAUGACAUUGAAGUUAGUGUUCCAGAAAAUGCUCCAGUGGGCACCUCUGUUUCUCAGCUCCAUGCUACUGAUGCAGACCUGGGCUCAAAUGCACAAAUCCACUUCUAUUUCAGCAACCAGAUCUCCAGUUUGGCCAAGAGGCUGUUUGCCAUUGAUAACACCACUGGUCUCAUCACUAUAAGGGAACCGUUGGAUAGGGAGGAAUCUCCUGUGCACAAGUUAACUGUUUUGGCAAGUGAUGGCAGUUCAACUCCAUCAAGAGCUACAGUGACUGUUAAUGUCACAGAUAUUAAUGACAAUGUCCCAUCAAUAGACACAAGAUACAUUAUCAAUCCAGUGAAUGGGACAGUACUUUUGUCUGAGAAGGCUCCUCUUAAUACAAAAAUAGCACUGAUAACAGUAAUGGACAAGGAUGCUGACCUGAAUGGAAAAGUUACUUGUUUCACAGAUCAUGAUGUCCCUUUUCGGCUAAAGCCCGUGUUUGAUAAUCAGUUUCUCCUGGAGACAGCCACGUUUCUAGAUUAUGAAGCUACACGGGAAUAUGCCAUUAAAAUAGUGGCUUCAGAUUCAGGGAAACCGCCCUUGAACCAAUCUGCAAUGCUCCUGAUCAAAAUUAAAGAUGAAAAUGACAAUGCCCCAGUUUUUACACAGCCCAUCAUAGGUCUUUCCAUCCCUGAAAACAAUGCUCCUGGUACUCAGCUGACCAAAAUAAGUGCCACGGAUGCUGACAGUGGGCGCAACGCGGAGAUCAGCUAUAUCCUGGGUUCUGAUGCACCCCCUAUUUUUAACCUCGACCGCCGUACAGGCAUUCUGACAGCAGUGAGAAAGUUGGACAGAGAAAAGCAAGAUAGGUACUCCUUCACUGUGCUGGCUAAGGAUAAUGGGAUGCCACCCUUGCAGACCAAUGCUACUGUGACAGUGUCAGUCCUGGACCAGAAUGAUAACAGCCCAGCUUUCACCCAUAGUGAAUAUAAUUUCUAUGUGCCAGAAAACCUACCCAUGUAUGGGACGGUGGGGCUUAUCACAGUUACAGAUGCUGAUGCUGGAGAGAAUGCUGCUGUCACUCUCUCAAUUUUAAAUGGUAGAGAUAAUUUCAUUAUAGAUCCACUUACAGGUGUAAUAAGACCUAAUAUUACCUUUGACAGGGAACAGCAGGGCUCAUAUACUUUCCAGGUGAAAGCCGUGGAUGGAGGAAGACUACAACGUUCCUCAACUGCCAAAGUGACCAUCAAUGUUGUUGAUGUAAAUGACAACAGGCCUGUUUUUCUUAUUCCCUCCUCUAAUUACUCCUAUGAGCUGAUUCCAACAUCAGCUAGUCCAGGGUCUGUAGUUACUAAAGUCUUUGCAGUUGAUAAUGACACAGGAAUGAAUGCAGAGCUCCGCUAUAGCAUCAUAGGUGGUAACUCAAGGGGCUUGUUUACCAUUGACCAGUUAACAGGCAAUAUCACUUUGAAAGAGAAGGUAAUUACAUCAGAUCAUGGCUUGCACAGACUGGUGAUUAAAGUCAAUGACCUAGGACAGCCAGAGUCUCUUUACACUAUAGCUCUGGUGCAUUUGUUUGUGAAUGAGACAGUCACCAACAGUUCCUACGUGCAAGAGCUAGUGCGCAGGAACAUGGAAACUCCAGUUGGCCAGAAUAUUGGGGAUGGGGAGAUAACACCACAAACCAACGAUUAUGUCAAGAUCAUUAUUGCCAUUAUUGCAGGCACGAUGACAGUUAUUCUGGUCAUUUUUGUUACCGCUUUAGUGCGGUGCCGCCAGACACCUAGGCACAAGGUCGUCCAAAAAAACAAGCAGAGUGGUGAGUGGGUUUCUCCAAACCAAGAGAACAGGCAGAUCAAGAAAAAGAAGAAGAAGAAGAAGCGUUCUCCAAAAAGUCUCCUUCUCAACUUUGUGACUAUUGAAGAAUCUAAGCCUGAUGAUCCUGGCCAUGAGCACAUAAAUGGCACUUUAGACAUUCCUGUGGAGCUAGAAGAACAGACUAUGGGAAAAUAUAACUGGGCCACCACACCAACCACAUUUAAACCUGAUAGCCCAGAUUUAGCAAAGCACUACAAAUCUGCUUCUCCGCAGCCUACCUUUCAAAUUAAGCCUGAGACUCCUGUCCCCCCCAAGAAGCACCAUGUCAUUCAGGAACUGCCUCUAGAUAACACCUUUGUGGUAGGCUGUGACUCACUCUCCAAGUGCUCAUCAAGCAGCUCAGACCCUUACAGUGUUUCUGAAUGCAGCUGUCAAGGAGGCUUCAAGACCCCAGGCCCCAUACACACCAGACAGCACAAAAAAGAAGUGGGAAGACCACAAACUCCUUUGAAAGAGACAACUCUGGAGCCUUGGACCCAGCCACAGCCCCAUAGGAAAAGAGAGAGGAAAAGGAAAGGUCAUCCUCAGCGCCGUGUCACGUUUCACCUACCAGAUGGCUCCCAGGAAAGCUGCAGUGACAGUGGGCUCGGAGACCACGAAGCCCCGAGUGGUGCUGGCACGUCGCACCCUCUGCCCCUUGGCUUCCCCCAGGAGGAGUACUAUGAGCAGGCUUCACCCAACAGCCGGACAGAAGGAGAUGGCAACUCAGACCCUGAGUCCAGUAAGUAA